AUGAGUGACAAAGCUCAACAGAAUAAUAAACCAUUUCAAACAACAGAUGAUAGGCUACAAGAAGAUGAUGGAGAGACAACAUCGGAAGACGAAGAUGAUGCCGACAUGCUAUUCGAUGACGAUGAUGACGAAGACAUGGCACCGGAACAUUUAGAUGAAGAGGGGAUACCGAGAGAAGAAGAAGAAGAUGAUGAUAAUGAUGAUGAUGAUGAUGAGGAAGAAAUGAUGCUACAAGAAUAUGAUAUAGAAAACAUAGAAGUCUAUGUACCAUUAAAUCGAGUCACUUUGGCAAAUUCAGCCAAUGAAAAUAAUAAUGAUGAUGUUAUAAUAGUAAGAAAACGAAAAAGCCGUGUGCUAUUACCAACACCAUCACCACCAGCAACACAACUUGAUAAAUCCGUAAGUCAAUUGUCAAUAUCACAAAUAAAUCCAAAGAAAAAGAAAACAACUACAACAACAACAGAUAAUCAAUCAAAUAAUGAAAAUGUCGAAGCAUCAGAUAAUAGUACAGAAAAGUAUAAAUCGUGUUUCUUAAAAAUAUCCGAUCGAACAUUUAAACAAAUGCUAUCAAAUGCUAUUCAAGAUGGUAACAAACUCGUUCAAUGUUUGAAUACCCCAGAAAAAAUUUAUACUAUUCGUCAAAUCACUGAACUUACUGAUCAAUUACACUUCAAACAAUUACAACAAGCAUUAUGGCAAGAAUAUCAUAGAAUAAGUUUAAAAUAUGACUUUUCAGAAUUAAAAGUAACAAAACAAUAUGCAGCUAAACAUAAUACAUGUCGCAUACAUAAACCAUCCAAAUCUGCUAUCGAAAAACGUCAAGAAACUAUUAAACGUCAAGGAGAACGUAUUGCUACUGAACUGAAUCCGCAUUUCUUACAAUUGCCUGUAAGUAUUACAGAAUGGCAACCAUCGAUUGAUUUUCAAGUUCUAUCAAAUGCCAUCAAUGAAUGUGUUGAAAAGAUACAACAAAAAUUAAAACAAGAAUUUCAAUAUAAACAUGAGUUAUUAGAGUUAACUUGCGCUGAUCAUCAUUUAAUAAAGAAAUUUUACGACUUGAAGCCAAAUGAAGAACAAGUUGAAUUAGCAAAAAAAAUUUGGCAAUCAACAGCUGAUGAAUUAAGAGCAAAAGAACAACAGGAAAUUCUUCGACAACAUAUCUAUCUAAAACGAUUACCUUCAAAAACAGAUAAAAUAGUGAAUCAACUAGUUGAUGAUAAUCAAAUAACACUUUCCAAUCCAUUUCUUGAUCCAGAUCAACGUGCUAGUUUUGCAUCACGUUGUUCAAAAAUAAUUAUACAAUGUAAAUUUAAUUUAAUGACUCAACAACUGGAUGAACUUGAAAGUGUUGCACGUCGUCAUAGCUUAACAUUAAUCGAUUUACAAAAUAGAUUAUCCCAAUUGAACAAAGAAGAUCCACAGCUUUAUACAAAUGUAUUAAUCGCUGCCAUCGAACAACGUCGAAAAGCUAUGAUAACAAGAUUUUUUCAUACUCAUUUAACAUUAGAACAAAUAUUGAUAUUAAUUAAUGGCCUAAAAUAUAUUAUACCAUGUCAGAGUCUAUUUUCUCGACAGACAAUCGAUGAACUUGCCAAAACAGAUUACAAUAAAAUAUCAACGAAAAUUAAAACAUGUCUUGGUAAUAAUCGAAUGUCAAUUAGUGACGAACGAGCAAAUAAAGCAUUUCCAGAAUUAGAAAAAAUUAUUUAUGAUGUGUAUUCGAAACCAUUAUCACGACGAUUACGUCGGCGCGCUCAACGUGAACACAGAAGAGUAACAAGUCUUCAACGUCUUCUACGACAACGACCCGAUAUUAUGAUAUGUCGAGUCGAUAAAAGUCCAGGAUUCUACAUAGGUAAUGCUACUAUAAUAACUGGUAAAGUACAUGAAUAUAUGAACAAUACAGCAGCUUAUGAAGAAAUCAUAGAUGGUCAUUGUCCACUAGCAGAUAACUUACGUGCUGUACAAAACUUAUUGAAUUAUCUUGUAACUCAAAAAGCAAUAACAAAAGCACAAAGUGAUAAACUUUUACCUAGUUUAGACAAACUAGAAUUAGCUCAUCUUCAUGCAUUAACUAAAGUACAUAAGCCGGAUAUACCAAUCCGACCGAUUCUUGCUGGAAUAAAUUGUCCAACUGCAUUACUUUCAAAAUUUUUAAAUAAUCUUUUAGCACCAAUCUAUUUAAAAGUUACUGCUGAACUAACUUUUACUAAUAGUGUUCAGCUGGUACAGAGUUUAGAAAAAUAUGUAUCAAAAGGUUUUUUCAAAUCAACAACAUGUUUUAUAACAGCUGAUGUUAAAAAUCUUUAUACUGUCAUACCACGCGAAGGUGGAAGACAGGCAUUAAUACGCUUCUUAGAAAAAUACUCUAAUCAAGGCAAAAUAGGUACAUUAAGCAUAGAUCAUAUUUGGAAAAUGGCUCGGCUAAUUUUGGACAACAAUACUUUUGCUUAUAAUGGUAAAUACUAUAAACAAAUUCGAGGUGGAGCUAUGGGUUCAGCGUUUACACAAGUCUAUGCAAAUAUUUAUAUGUUAGAAUGGGAACAAGAUUUAAUAAUACACCAGAAUCAACAUAAUGAAAUCUAUGGAAGAUACAUAGAUGAUAUCUUCAUGACUACUAAUCAAACUAUCGAUGAAAUUAAUAUUGAACUUGGAAAAGCACAAGUCAAAGAUAUAAAUAUAGAAAUUGAACCUACAAUUGCUACAUCAGUAAACUAUCUUGAUCUGACUAUUACAAAUGAAAAUGGACAAUUACGAACAACGAUUUAUCAUAAACCAACUGCUGAACCAUAUUAUUUACCAUAUACAUCAGAUCAUCCACAUCGAUAUCAUCGUAAUGUACCUUAUAGUGCUUUAUUACGGUCUGCACGGCUUUGUUCAAACGUACAUGAUUUUAAUCGAGAACGUCAACGAAUUGAUAUAUCAUUAUUACUGAGUGAUUAUCUGCCAAAACUCAUCAGCAAUCAAUUUCAAAGAUUUUUUCAAGUCAAUAAAGCUGAAACUCUAUUGAAAUAUUUAAAUGAACGAGAUUAUCAACGAUUACAUCAUAAACUUCUUCAUCACACAACACGAAAGCAGGCAGAAAAAAGAAAUAUUUCAAUAGAAGAUCUCGUAAAAAAACCGCCAGUAUUACAACCAAAGAUUUAUGAUAACAAACUGUGGUAUCCACACUAUACAUUUGAAAGUGGACAUAGGUUACAAUUCUCAAGUCAAUUCCAAUCAUGGUGGAAAAAAUAUUAUCAAUAUCCAGAGUCUCCAGUCAAAAACAUAAACAUGCGUCUAUGUGCAGACAAAAAUCGUACAUUAGAAAAUCUUCUCAUUCAUAAAAAACCACCACCAGCUAUAUUAAAAAAAAUGGAACCAACUAAUUCUUGA